GCGGGAGCAGCGGCAGCAGCAGCCGGGCCCGGCCAUGGAGCAGGACGGGGCGGGCGCGGGGGCGCGGGCGGAGCAGCAGUACGAGUGCGUGGCGGAGAUCGGCGAGGGCGCCUACGGCAAGGUCUUCAAGGCCCGCGACCUGAAGAACGGCGGCCGCUUCGUGGCGCUGAAGCGCGUGCGGGUGCAGACGGGCGAGGAGGGCAUGCCGCUCUCCACCAUCCGCGAGGUGGCGGUGUUGCGACACCUGGAGACCUUCGAGCACCCCAACGUCGUCAGGCUGUUUGACGUAUGCACCGUCUCGCGCACAGACAGAGAAACCAAGCUAACACUAGUGUUUGAACACGUGGAUCAAGAUUUGACGACCUAUUUGGACAAGGUGCCAGAGCCCGGAGUGCCCAAUGAAACCAUCAAGGACAUGAUGUUUCAACUGCUCCGAGGGCUGGAUUUCCUUCAUUCACACCGAGUGGUGCACCGGGAUCUGAAACCACAAAACAUCCUCGUGACCAGCAGUGGGCAGAUCAAACUGGCUGACUUUGGCCUCGCAAGAAUCUACAGUUUCCAGAUGGCUCUCACCUCAGUGGUGGUCACGCUGUGGUACAGAGCCCCGGAAGUGCUGCUUCAGUCCAGCUACGCAACCCCGGUGGACCUCUGGAGUGUCGGCUGCAUAUUUGCCGAAAUGUUCCGUCGAAAGCCUCUGUUUCGUGGAAGUUCAGAUGUGGACCAACUAGGAAAAAUCUUAGAGGUGAUUGGCCUCCCGGGGGAUGAAGAUUGGCCAAGCGACGUCGCCCUGCCCCGGCAGGCUUUCCACGCCAAGCCCCCUCAGCCCAUCGAGAAGUUCGUCACAGACAUAGACGAGCUGGGCAAGGAUUUACUCCUGAAGUGCUUGGCUUUCAACCCAGCCAAAAGAAUCUCUGCCUACAGUGCCCUGUCUCACCCCUAUUUCCACGACCUGGAGAAAGGCAAGGAGACCCUGGACUCUCGUAUCUGCCCGGGCCAGACCACCGCGGAGGUCAACAGCGCCUGAGCCCGCAGAGGCCGCCGGAAGCUGGACUUGGAAAUGAACCACAGGUGUUGCUGACAGACCGCUCUGCUGGGAGCGGGCCCCGGAGUUGCGGCCCGCUUCUUCCGGGAAGCCCCCGCUUGGCGGACUGUCGGGAAGUCAAUGCAAACCCCCCAACCCCCAGCCCCCCAGUGCCGUGGCCCUUCAUUCUGUUCUCGUUGGUGUGUCUGUUUGUUGGGGUGCACGUUCGUGAGCUCAUGUGUUCGUGCGCUGGAGAUACCUGGAGGAACUCCAGUCAAAGAGAAGCUGCUGACCAGUUUUGCUGCCAUUUCAUUCUUCUAACCUUGAAUGCUGCCCGGGUGAAGUCGGAUCAGCCAGUCACUGCCGAAAUACGAUGCAAUCUCUAUAGCUGCUGAAGCCUGAUCUGGUACUCUAUGGGCGCACGCGUGUGCACACGUAUGUGAGAGUGAGUGGGUGUGGGUGUGUGUGUGUGAGUGCGUGGAAGUGGGUGCCUAUGUGUGGAUGGGUAGGGGUGAUUCUGUAAUCUCUCAAAGUAUUAUUUUAAAAAGAAAACAGAAACAACUACAUAGAAUUGACUCUAGAGGCUGAAGGUGGCCGACAAGCCACAGGGCUCUUUACUAAAGGCAGGGCAGCGGGUUGCCGUCCCAGACUGGAAACGGUCGGUGGUUCCCACCCCUGCCCCUGGAUCUGCUGUUUAGCGUAUGAAAGUGACUCCGUAGGUGAGAUGGCUUUAUGCAUGCUGCACACUGUCAUUCUAAAAGUCUUUGUAUGAGACCUGUUUUCAGAAGCACAAUGUUCUCUUUUCAAUACUGGAUUAUUCAGUGUCAAUCACGUCUUAACUCGUAGGACUUUAUCCUUCUGUCUCCCCAAUACCCGGUUGGUUUUUCUUACCAGCUCCAAGUUUUGGGGGUGCCCCCGAGUGGGUAAAGAAGUGAGCUCCAACCACCAGUUCUGCCUUGUUUCUCGUUUUCCUAAAGGAACCAGCAAAAAAAAAAAAAAAAAAAAAAGCUUUUAUUUGUUUGGCUCGCACCCGGGCUGCCAGCUAUGCCCACCGCUCUGUCUGCCUUGCUUGUGGUGUGGGCAUGUGGGCAAGGCCCCCAUGUGCCUGGGGGGAGGAGGGAGCCUCUGCAGCCCCUCUUACCCCCCCAAUUCCUCCUGCCAGAGGUCUCCAGGGUCCAGCCUCUCCCUGUGCCACACCCCAGAUCCCCACCGGGAGCUCACCAUCCUCCUCGCCAUCCUCCUCUAGCAGAAAACCCCCCAAGUGCUUUCAUUACCAAACCCGAGGCCUUAGAGAUGAUGGGUAAACUGUUACUUCGUAUUUUUUACCUGGUGAAGUCUAUUUUCAGUAUUUGAAAAGCUAUUUUUUUAGAACUGCUUUACAGAGAUCUCUUUCGUCUCCAAAAGAGGGCUUUCCCCUCCAGCCGAAGUGGGGCUCCCCAGUUGUUCCCCUCCUUCCCGUCACCGAGAGCUCACCAAACCCACUGUGAGGCCACACUGCAUCGUCAGCCAGCCGUGCCCAUCCUUCGCUCCGGCUACCGCCCCGACUCCAUCCCAACUGGGUGUCUCCUUGGUGACGGAGCCUUCAGCCACUGCCUUUCACAGGGCACGGCAGGCAGUCGUCGGAACUCUUUCCGGGUCAGUCCUCCCUGUGGGGACGUCUCACUGGGCUGCUUGCCCUGAGGGAGCAUCUCAAUGCCCUCCAGGGUUCCGUGGAAGCCUCUGCAGAAGCGUGAAAAUCAAGUUUACCGGCUGCUCGAGGUGAAAAGCGCUGUGACUUUCAAAACUCCAGCUGCCUUCCGUGCUAAUCCCAAGGUGCUUUGCAGUUUCUGAAUUUUGGUGGUGCCAAUUUCCUGGGCCUUCGUUUCUCCCAUAAGAGGCCAAAACUAAGAACCCCGCUCGGUUCCCAUCUCCUGCCACGACCUGAGUUUCCUUCAGAAAGACUCUCUCGAUCCUGCCGCUCGUUGAGUCGUGUUUUUAACACAGGCGUCAGUCGGAACCCAGUGGAGUUCAGGUUUCCGGAGAAGGAACUGCUUGUCCCCCGCCCGCUGGAAGAAUCUGCUCGGUCAGAUUGAUGCCCCAGAAGCCCUUGUUACAGGCUCCCAGCCCAGGCAACCCCUCACAGCCUGGUCACGGACGUGACUGGCUGGAGUUUGAGAACUCAGGAGACUUGUCUCCCAAAACUUGAUAGGUCAGGGACACUUUCAUAAAUCUAUUUUCUUCCCUCACGUGUAGCUCUUCACUCUCCUUCUGAUGUGAUCCCAUAGCAAACCAGGAAGUUUUUCCCCAGCUGAGAUCGAAAAUGGGAGAGUGCCCCCAUCGGGAGGUUAUUUCACCGUUGGCCGAGCUUCUCCUGAGGCUGGAGAUCACGGGCGGAUCGGUGGGGGUGACCUGCGCAUCGUCCCCCCCGGCCUCCAGGAUGGCACUCAGCUUUGCAGAUGACCUCAGACAAGCUUGUCUGCCGGUUCACUGUGCCCCCAAAAAGGCCCUUCCCCCUCGGAGCCCCCCAGGGCCUCUGGUGUGGCUUCGUCGCAUGGAGGCAUCCCAUCCUUGUGUGAACCAGCUGUUCCCUGUUCAGUAAAGUGAGUAGGCCCAAGCUUAAGCCAGCACAGCUGUGCUAAGCUGGAACUCUUGGCUGUUCUUCAGUUGUUGUUUUUCAUGGACAGAGCAGGCCUAACUCACUCUGCUGACACCUGUGUGCUGUUCGUUUCAUUUUUUGAUGAAUACAUUAAAAGAGGUCUGAGGGCAUCGUGCCCUUUAGCAUCCAGAGAGAAAUUUACCCCUGUGAAAGAAUCUGAGUUGAACAAGAUUUUUCCCAAGGCUCUCUUCCCAGCCCAAAGCCUGGCAGAUUACCGAUCCGUGCCCAGAGCAAUCCCUCCUAGCCACUGGUCUGCAUCCCCAAUUGAGGCCGGGCCCACUGUGUUACUACAUGGUCAGAGAUCGUUGAGUUUUUCCAACUCCUUGGUGGCUACCUUAGCCCCACUUUCCGCUCAAGGCCAUCAGCAUUAGAUAGCCAGGAGAUGGGAAAGGACUCAAUGUCCCGAGAUGAGAGUUUAAAGCCAAAGGUGGCCAGGGAAAGCCAUCGGAGAGUCGAAGUCAGGUUUGAAUCUCUUGGAAAGUCCCAGGGAGGAAGGGAUUGCCAAGGAGCCCUCGAAGACUCCCGGCCGGACCAUCGCCAGAGGCCGUGUUUGGGGAGCGCUUUUCUGGAAGAAGGAUCAACAGACCACUGGACCACUGUCUCGUUCUACCUCACGGUGGGGGUCUGUGUGAGGUCUGACUGUGACCUGACUUCAAGCCAGAUGCCCUGAGAAGGUUAUCCCACUCACCGUGUCUGGUGGACCCGAGCGAUUCCCCCAAAUUCUUGUGGUGCCGUUGGAUCCGAGAGCAGGCUUUACAUCUCCCAUAACGACAGGGACUUGGAGUUCUUAUUGCCAAAAAAACUCAUGGAUGGUUGCUUCAUUCUAAGAGCCCAACACUGUUUCCCAGGCCCACCUCAUGCCCCAAGCUUCAAGAUUGGUUGGGACUGGACCCCUGUGGUCCAUCUGGCUCAGACUUAUUCCCAUUGACCCAGGAAGCCAGCUCGGGGCUACCCUGCUGUCAACUGCCAAGCAAGAGAAUCCACUUUACAACUGAAGAACCCUCCAUUCUUCAUUUACCUCAGAGUGGAGAAAGUGGCAUCAUCUAGCUGACGGAAUGCCUCCCAAUGUUCUUUGACAGCAAAAAUCAUGGUUAUUGUUUUGUUCUUAUGUUUCACUAAUUGGGUUUGCUCCCUGCAGAAAACACAGAGCUCAGGCACAGAAUGGGAACGGAAUCCUCAGAACUUCCUAACAUCCAGUGCAAAUGAAAGUGUUUCCUACCAAAGACAUCUGUGCCAUAGCCCCCAGCCUGCCCUGGGUCAUGCUGGAGACAUUCUUCCAGGAGCAGCAAAAACACCCCCUGCAGCUCCUGCCACCCGCUUGAGCCCAGAGGACCACCUGGUUAGGAACCUCCUUUCCCACCAGCAGCUGUUCCUUGCUGGACUGUAGAGGCUUCACAAAGAAGUUUGACCUGGGAGGGGGUAGAUGGUGGGAACAGAGCUACUAGGUCUGAGUGAAUUGAGGGAGAGUGUUGAUUUUGGUUGGCGAUAGGCAGAAUGUAGUCGUUUAAAGAAAACUGUGUAAAAGCUCUCUCUGAGCAAGGAUUGACAACUAGUUGAUGGAAUUUGUCAGGAAAGCGAAGGUGCCCAGGAGGAAAGAGGUUGAAGAGUCUGGUUGGCGUUGGAGAGUGCCAGGUAAUAAACCCAUCCUCUGUUAUCAGUAUGGCCAGUGGUAGUUGGAGAAUUGUCUCCGCUGCCAUUCGGAACUGUCAGCUUAUCCCGGGGGAAGUUUGAUGGAGAAACCGACCCUCGUGAUACAGGCAGCCCGGGUCAUCCGCGGCGAAAGCCAUUUUGAAGAUGGGUCACUGAUAACCACCAGUUCGGGUCAAUUCAAGGUCCAGGAAGAAGGCAGCAGGAAGGGUUCCUGACGACACGGAGUCCCCCGAGGCAUCUCCAGAGAGGUCCCGGAAUUUCUGUCCCAAGGAAAAAAGUCCUCUGAAGGUUCAGCAGUCUUCCCCAAGACCCACAGCAGCAGCACUGCAGAGAUGCAUUACAAGUUCUGAUUGGCAAAGUGUUUAUCGGGUGGAUGACCCUCAAAUAAAACAGCUGUUCCAUGUUCUGAAUUCACUGAGUUUUUAGGAAUAAAAAACAGCAUUGCUUCAGAUUCCUAGAGUAACUGUUUCCUCUGUAAAGGCAGGAGGGACCAUCCUCCAUCUCCUCUCCUUCCUCCUCCUCAGGAACUCUUAGUGGCUGCCACAUGGAGUGUCUGGGCUGUACUGUGUUCUGAGGAGCUUUGGGUGGCAGCUCUCUGCCCUGACCUCCUCGCUUCCCACCAGAGGCCUCCGGAAGGAAUGCUCCAGAGGGAACAUCUCCAAGCAGCUUGUAAAGUUCCAUUUUCCUGUGGCCUCUGGGUUGCUGCUUUCUUUCUGUCUCUCUUUCUGUCUCUUUCUGUCUCUCUCUCUCUCUCUUCCCCUUCCCCUCCCACCGCCCCAAGCAUCGCCCCUCAGCCCUCUGUGAGGGGAAAUAGUAUGGAGAGCAGAAUCCACUACCAUUGGCUCUGGCCACCUACUGGCUUCCCUAAGACUGGUGCAGAGAUGGGGCCUGAGCCAUUGAAGAGGGAUAAAGGGACCCCAUGGAGGGAGGUCUUUACUAGAGACUCCGCGGAGUGACCCUCCUGAUGCUAAUGGGCCUGGGGACCCAAGGGUCCGCUUGCUGAGGCAUCCACUGAAAAACACAGUCUGGAGGCGGGUGAGUGAUAACCUGGGGUGGCUGGGGUUUGGGCCAGGUUUGUGGGACCCGGACUCUGCUGUCAGCUGCCCGUUUCCCUCGGGCUUGGGUCUGGUUGCUCAGGACCAGUAAUCUUCAUCAUAGCUCCCCCCCGGCGGGACCGCCGGGUUCAGGACAAGGACAAUUUUAGCCCGCGGGUGGAAAUGCAAGCCUCCUGGGAGAGGUGCCCCAGAGUCUGCUAUUGUCGGGUGCUCAUAUGGCUGCAGCCCCUCGGGUGGGCUCUCGGAGGGACCCCGACCUGAAGCGGUACUGUGGUCACUACUGACCAGAGCACACCCUGCGCCCUUUCCUGUCUCGAGACAACGAUGCCCACACUGUGCCUUCCUCCUGUGGCUCACCGCUGAGGUCGCUGCAUAUGGAUGCGAAGGCACACUCUGUUCACAGGGCACAAUUGGGAGCAGAGCAAGAAACCACUGGUUCAUCAGGCCACUGUACCGCACCGCUGGGUCUAAAGCCCCACGCUGCCAGGAGCACUCUCAGCCCGGGCAGUGGUGCCAGGGGAAGUCUGUGCUUCUGCCAGAGAGAAUGCCAGCGGCCCCUCCAGCCGCCUCCCAAGAUGGAACUUGGAGCCUCUCGGUGCUUGUCUGUACAACCGUCAGACCCUGCCCAUGCACGUGAAGAUGUGAUUUCAGCAAUGGCAGGCUUGGAACAGGCCCGAGAGUGGCCGUGGACGGACAGGCCGUAGCAAAUCCCAAAUUUGAUGUCCUCCGGGAACUACCUUCAAGAGGAAGGGUGGCCGGACCGGCCCACCCAGAGACGGGGACCCGGGUCCGUCUACUCCAAGAAACACUCCCAACCCGGAGGACUUGAACCUGCCACUGGCCCUCGGGACCCUCAGAAGCUACAGAUCCCACCCAUAGAGUUGAAGGGUCGCUAAAGAACUUGGCCAGGUCAUCUAAUCGACCCCCCUGCCUCACUGAGAGCCCCCCAGGCAGCCUGAGCCCCAGCAGAAGGUCCCAGUGAAAGCCCUGCUUCACCGAUGGUGGGUGUCACAAGCCUCUGGGUCCCAUUGGAGUUGGGUGUGUUGAAAGUGUGGAGUAACUGUGGGAGCAGAUGGCAGUCAAGGGCCCUCACUGACUGCCCUGUUGGCCCCGCUCCCUCCGGGUCAGCCCCUGGACUGACCUUGCACCCCAGGGGGGCCUGCAGGAACGUGAGAGCUCUCGGCCUCAUCGCCCCCUUCGACAACAGCCUCUAUGGAAGCCGAGUUUCCAUGGGCACGUAGGGUGUCCAGUUGGCCCAGGAAUCACAGCGUUCGGGCGGGCAGCCAACCAGUUGGGAGACGAUCCUGCCCUGUACCUGAGUCUGCCGGGCAGCGGGGCACCUUUCCCGAGAACAACGAGCUAUGAAGCCGUUUUCUAGCCCUCUGUUUUGAGACAUACGUGCACGUGGCCGGGAGGGAGUAUGAGUUUGGCUGCCCCAGGCAGAGCCCUGGAACACAUACGAGCAAAUGUGACAUUCGGGGGAUUCAUCCGAACCCAGCCACCACUUCCCCGUAAACUCCUCGGAGGGAAUCCUGAGGGUCCCGGUGUCCGCCUUGGCCUUUUGUUGGAAAAUUUGGGCUGAUCCAGGGCUGACGAUGUUUUCGUGAACCUUUACUGGGCUAACCAACAAUUGGGUUUUGGAAGAUGUUCGGUUGCUUUAACCUUCAGGCCCGGACCCUCUGGGCAGCCCCUCACCAGCCCUGUCCACCCUGGGGUUGGCCAUAAUUAGCAUACGAUUGUGCAAACCGAGUCGGAGGCGGGGCGGGGGACCGCAGGAUGGUGCCAGCCGCUGUUAAUCCUUUCAAAACAAAAAGUCAGCACUUAGCAUAGAGGUGGAGGGGUGGGGGCGCUUUAGUUCUAUGUAUCCGCAAUGAACAUAAAUUAUUUCUAUUAGAAGUCUUGUAUAUUAUUUAUUUCUAAAGCACUCUAGUCAAGUCCUGUGAAAGUGCAGCCCGGGAACGAGAAGCAUUGGGGCUUCCUGUUUGAUUGCUCACCCCCGUUUAGUUAAUCCUCAUUAUAACUGUCACGGUGUCCCUUGCCAACGACGGAAACGGUAGCACAACUGCUUCAAUAAAGCUGCAUGCGUUUGAAUCUGACCAGCACAAUCGAUGUUUGUUUGGUUGUCGUGACUCGGCUGUGUAGGUUUUUUGUCUGUUUUCAUAUGGAAAGGAAUUGAAGUAAAAGGACUUUGAAAUCUUAGUGUUGUUCGAUUUCCCUACGGGGUAAUGUGCAAGUACUAAUGAGAACAGGUUUGCAGGAGCUGCUGCUUUGAUGCUGGGGUUUGGCGGGGUGGGGGGAUGCUAGCCGGCUGGGGGUCCGGUCAGCGGCAAGCACCCAAAGUCCAGCAGCAGGCCGGCUGUCUCUGGAGUAAGCUUUUAGCGGGGUUAGUGCCCUGGCAGGUUUGAGUGUAUUUAAUGGAGGCAGGCAAACCUGUAGAAGAAAACCCUUUCCUCCCUCCUCCCCACCGUGUUCCCCACCUCCUCCUGUCUCCUUUCCUCAUCUGUCUACCCCCACGGAGCCCUGGUCUGGACUGUCUUGGAGAAAGCUGGCUCUCUGAGCACUUUGGGGCCAAGGCCACGUCAGUUUGGACCACAGAGCAGAGAUGGGGUGAGCUCUUUAGGGCAGGCUCUUCCCCGCCUGCCCCAGGUUCAUGCCAUCUGUUAUUUCCUUGUCCCAGGGAGCCACCGUCUCCAUCUGGCUCCCUCCUGGACUCGGUUUCCAGAAGGUUUCCAAUUUCCAGGUGAUUGUCCUUCCCUGGGGGGCUUGGAGCUCUCUGGGGGCUGGGAGGAAGAGGGGAUCGCAUAAAAGGGAGUAUGUCACCUCGGACUCAGUCGGCUGUGAUGUGCCCCAUUCUCAGAUUUUGCAUUUCUGACCUAAGAUUUGAAAACUUGCUUCUAAUCUAGAGAUACAGUAUGUGAGAAGAAAAGCCCAGUGUUGGAAUAGCUCCCCAAAGACCAACAUGAGAUUUUGGUGGGAUAUUUCUUCUGAGAUGGACACAGAUACCUGAUUCUUGGAUGAUGGAUGAUUGGCUCAAUUCCAACCUGUUUCUUCAGGGUUUCUUUGGGAUUUCUUUUCGACGUAACGCCGGCGACAUAAAGACUGGAGAGUCUGUCCUGGUCCUCCCGAAGUCAUUGACAUCUGCGGGUGGGGGCGUCUCCGAUGAGUCCGUCGGAGAUUAGCCCACUAGGCUCCAGGGACUUUUACCCCAUGUGACUGUUAAACCCCGACCUUUGCUUUGCAGUAAGGUACAGAUUGAUCCAGCCUGCCCCGGCUAGGCCGCUGUUCUCCCAAGUCACAGAUCGUACCUACCCAGUUUGUCUUCGUCCUCGAAACCCAAUCUUUUAGCUGCCCAUCAGGCCACGAACCUAAAAGGGUUGCAUGCAUUACUGCUCCACUGAAAUGGCGUUGCAGUUGUCUUUCACUGCUAGGCGAGGUGCCGCACUGGUGCUCGGGCCCAGCCGGUGCAGAGGGACCGCUGAGAGGGGAGUCUUCAUGGACAUGAAUUGACCCUCUCACAUCCUGAUUCUACCCCAUUCUUCCUGCAUUCAGGAGACCAGCCUGGCAUCAGAGCAAGCAAAGAGGGAGACUAGUAUCCCCCAGGGUGCUCUGAGGCCAGCGGAGGGAAUUGGGGCAGAUACUGUGAGGGACAGACUGUGGUUUCCAAAUCUGCCCUGCUCCCGCCUUGCUCCGAGGGGGCAGGGUGUUGCUGGGGGUCCUGGGUUUCUCCCUCCUGUGGCUGCCUGCACGGGGAGUGCGGCGGGGAAGGUGUGGGCCCAAGGGGUGGGGAGUGAAUGCGCCCCAUCUGCUGUCCCCCCUUCUACCCCCUCCCCUCUGGGCCCACAAGGAAAGGACAGGCUGACCUCUCUUUAGUCCAGGUGUGACCUCUCAGGAUCAAAUUCUGGUCUGUCAUUCCCUGGUCUCUGAUUAGUCAGAAAUCUCUCUGCUGAGAGCAAGCCAAGGGUAAACCAGACUGCCCUGGUUUCACUGGACUCACCGUCCAACACACCCUUGCUAGCGGGGACCUUCUCGGACCACCCGCGACUGGGUGGGGCCCAGGAGGGAAAGCAGUGGGAAAGUGGAGGGCUGGGGACAGGGAGCCGGCUGGGGGUCUGGACCCCGGGUGCUGACUGAGGUCCGGCUGUCUGUUCUACAGAGGCGACGGGAAUGCGCUUUUUGUCCGAUAAAGAAGGUUGCGAAUGUUUGAAGAUCAACGCAAAGUGUCACUGUCAAAUUACUGUUUUCAGUUUGCGUGCCAGCUCAUUUGAAGUAGAGAGAGAAAGGGAGAGAGAGAGAAAUGUGUGUAUUUAUCAUCCCUCAUUUCUUACAAUAAAUAUACUGAUAGCAAAUAGAUCACUGCAAUAUUUUUUACAGAGCUCUCUCAGAGAUUGUCACUUUACUCUCUUAGCUAUACUUUUCUUUUAUCUUAAUGUAAGAGGAAUACAACUGCAGUAAGUUGUAUACAAUUAAAUACAGAAUUUUGGCAAGA